CCUCUGUCUGUCCCUCUCGGAGUUACAUGUUGAUCCUGAGAUACCAAUAAGAUGCUGACCUCUUCUGCUCCUUGGACUCUCCUGAUCCAUCCUGAUGCCCUAUGUCUGGCUGUAGUCUCAUCUCAUUGCUCCUGUGGAGGAUGGCUCCAUAUAGACAGUCGAAAGUCGCACUUGGAAGAUGGCUCUGGACACUUACAGUAACAUUUAUGUCUGAGGACUACAGAACUAUCAGGGACUUUUUCAACCUAUGGUGAAACCUAUCACAUGCCGCUAUCCGCAGACAUCCCGUCUUCAGGGUUUACCUUCUACAGCAUCCACAAAAGCUUGUUAUGGACACACGUUGCUUUCAGCCCGGCAGGAGACUCAUAUAAAGGCUGAUCAGCCCAGCAUGAACACACCAAGGUCUAAGUGGCGGAGUGAAUAUAGGGCAACUGUUGGGUUCCUGCACGUUGAACACCUGAAGAAACCUGCACGCGAUCAGUAUUUGACCAACGAGAGCAUAAGACAAGCUGAAGACAAGAAUCUGUGCACCUCAUACCAGGCCAACUAUGAUCCUAAGACAAAUCAGAGCCUUUUUCCACCUCUGGUGAAACCUACAACACACCACCAUCCCCAGGCAGCUGGUCUUCAGGAUUCUCCUUCAGCAUCCACAAAAGCUGGACCUGGACGCGUGUUGCGUCCAGCCCAGCAGGAGACUCUAGAGCAUAUAAAGGCUGAUCAGCCCGACAUGAACAAACCAAGGUCUACUAAAUGGCUGACUGAGUAUAGGGCAAACUUUGGUUUCCUGCAAGUUCACCACCUGAAGAAACCUACACGCGAUCAGUAUUUGACCGCUGACAGCAUAAGACAAGCUGAAGACAAGAAUCUGUGCACCUCAUACCAGGCCGACUAUCAUCAUAAGACAAAUCAGAGCCUUUUUCCACCUCUGGUGAAACCUACAACACACCACCAUCCCCAGGCAGCUGGUCUUCAGGAUUCUCAUUCAGGGUCCACAAAAGCUGGACCUGGACGUGUGUUGCGUCCAGCCCGGCAGGAGACUCUAGAGCGUAUAAAGGCUGAUCAGCCCGACAUGAGCACCCCAAGUUGCUAUGUUGAAUCUCGGUGGCUGACUGAGUAUGCGGAAAAAUAUUGUCAUCGCCUACCUCAUCCUCCGAAAGAAACUGCACGUGUUUUUCCCUCAACAUUCGAGACCACACCUACAUCUCUGUUUGCAGACAAGUAUCGACGCACCGAAUAUGAGACCGCCUAUGGUAGUAAGUACCGCACUCGUAAUUUCAACAUUACUCUGUAUCGGCAGCUCCACGGAACAGCUUAA